CGUCGCCCAGGUAAACACAGCGAUUUGCAAUAUGCCGGUCGCACACUUAGAUACUGAUGGCAGCCCACAGCAUCCUGUGCGAGCCCGUCUCACGCGGCAGCCCACGCUUAGCUAUUGGGCGGCCCUCUCGUCCACUCACCCGCCGGCCUGACGCAACCACGACAUCCAAGCAACAAUCACCGAUCUCCACCCCGUCACCAUCACCCGCGCCCAUUGGGCCAAGCUUGCCUCGCACCUGUACCGAUCUGCCGUCUUGAAGCAGCACCUGAAGCUCCAACGCGACACCCCUGCUCCGCGUCACCUCAGCACCCGCAGCGCCGCCAGCCACCAUGGAUCCGACGAGCCUCCAGGCUCACGGCCAGCAGAAGCUGCGCCAGCAGGCCACGGCCGCGCCCCGUCGCUACGAUGGCCAGAACGGCAAUCCGCUCUACGACCCCGGCAACGGCGGCCACUAUGGAGCAUCCGCAGCUAUUGCCGCGCAAGGACACGCGCCAGACCCACAGCUGUUCACCGGCGCGUGGCAGAACGUGAACCAAGGACUCAAUGGGUCCUAUCGCGACAUCCUCAACACUUACUGGCAACAGCAAGUCACGAAACUGGAGACCGAUGAGCACGACUACAAGCUCCACCAGCUGCCGUUGGCGCGUAUCAAGAAGGUCAUGAAGGCUGAUCCUGAGGUCAAGAUGAUUUCCGCCGAAGCGCCGAUCCUCUUCGCCAAAGGCUGCGACAUAUUCAUCACCGAGCUUACGAUGCGUGCGUGGAUACAUGCCGAGGAGAACAAGCGUCGUACGCUUCAGCGGUCGGACAUCGCGAGCGCAUUGAGCAAGUCGGACAUGUUCGAUUUUCUGAUCGAUAUUGUUCCCCGCGAAGAAGCGCUCCCACACAAGCGGAGCGGCGGACAGAGCAGCACUGCAGUCCAAGCUGCAGGCGCGGUACCUGCUGGCGCUCUUGCUCAACAGGGCGUACAUCCUCAGCACCAGAUGGCGCCUCCAGAUUAUGGUAUUGGGCAACACAUGCCUCAGCAGGAAGACUUUCGCCAACCCGGCAUGUACGCAGGACCGGUUCAGGGUGACCCAAAUGCGUAUGGGCAGCAGCAGAUGUUCGAUCCGUCUUACGGCGUAUACAACCCUAUGGCACAGCAGCCGGUAGGCCGACCGAUCAGCUAUGGAGUUGCGUCAAGCUGACUUUGACAGCAAAUGUAUCCGGUGCCCCAACGCGGCGCAGACCCAACCGGCGCGGGGGAUCCUAACCAGGGAUUCCGACCUCACGAUCCAGAAGGCGAUGC